UUGUGUUGUUCUGUUCUUAGGAUCGUGGCUAGACGUUUCCAUUUUUCCGAUCUCGUCUUCAUUGGAUUUGACGUCCAGCAUUGAAGUCAAGAAAGGUACCAAUGCGUUCGUCUCGGGGAUCAUAAUUCAAACUACUUGUGUGUAUUUUCUAUCACCGGGGCUGCUUGGACAGCCCUUAUAAAUUCGCGCAAUGCUCCCCUUGUCCUUCCAAGGCGUCCAACUAUGGUUCCUUCUUUGAGUCGCUGGGUUGUCCUUUCUCUUGCCUUGUCUUUUGCUUCUGCUUCACCGCUAGAGGGAUCUGUUCUUCAUCGGCGCCAGUCGGUAACGACUCUGACGCCCGAGCAGGUUGCCGCUUACAAGCCAUAUUCUUACUACGCCAGUGCAGGAGCCUGUCAGCCAUCGUUGACGCUAAACUGGACUUGCGGUACUGCUUGCGAGGCCAACCCUGACUUUAAACCCGUUGCAUCGGGGGGCAACGGAGAUUCAGUACAGUUCUGGUAUGUCGGGUAUGCUCCCAGCCUCGACACCGUUAUCGUGAGCCACCAAGGGACCGAUUUUUCGAAACUCCUACCUAUUCUUACCGAUAUCAACAUAAUUCUCUCGAACCUCGACGACAUUCUGUUUCCCGGAGUCAGCUCAGACAUAAUGGUCCACAGCGGCUUCAAGGAAGCACAGGCCGACGCGGCUGAAAUUAUUCUUUCAUACGUGGAAAUGGCCAUGUCUACGUACUCUACAAAUUCUGUCACUGCCAUUGGACAUUCUCUGGGAGGCGCCAUCGCUCUCCUUGAUGGAGUUUACCUUGACUUGCAGCUCCCUUCGGCAUCUGUAUCGGUGGUCAGCUACGGUAUGCCUAGGGUCGGGAAUCAAGCAUUCGCGGAUUAUGUUGACGCAAAUGUGAACGUGACUCAUGUUAACAACAAAAAGGAUCCGGUGCCUAUACUCCCAUGGAGAGAGAUUGGCUACCAUCAUUGCUCUGGAGAGAAGCAUAUCACUGACUCCAAUGAAUGGGUCAAUUGCCCAGGCCAGGACAGCCCGGACGCGCAGUGCAUUGUCGGAGAAGUCGGUAACCUUCUCGAAAGUAAUGCUGCGGACCACAUUGGUCCUUACGACGGAGUAACCAUGGGAUCAUGUUAAUAGUACGAUAUCAGUGAUAAUUUUCAUUUUGUCGACACGUCAAUUCUGAUCAAACACUUGAUUUUGACCCUCUCACUUCCCACACCACCAAGUACUGGAAGGCCCUCUGUUUAAUAAGCACGCCUCAUCUAGCCAAUUGAGUUCGAUGAGAGCGGGUACUAUCUAAAUUUGAUGAUAUAGAUAUAGAUAUCAAUCUCUUAGAU